AUGGCCAGAGAUUGCGGCCCGUGCACGUUUUCGCACCUGACCCGAAUUCUAAUUCCAUCGCCGUCCGACUUCACCGUCACUCCACUCCCCUCUCCCUCACUGAUCCCUCCCUUCACCACAACGCGACACCGAACAACAUCAGAGUACCGCGCAUACUCACAACUCGACUUGGUCCCGUCCGUACCAAGUCUCCUGUUUCAUCCUCCCACGUACAACAUUAUUGCCAGCGCGUCUUGCUUCCUCCCCGUCUCACCGCCUCCUCCUGACGCGAAUUUUGCCUCGACGAUGACUGCAGAGCCUUCGUUCACGCCCGUAGUGGCGCGGCGCACCCUCAAUGCAAACUCGAGAAAGCCCGCAACACCGACUCAGUUUCCACCCGCUGUCGUUGAUUACGUACAACGGGCCUUCUUUGAAUACAACAGGCACAAAGACACGCCGGCGCUCAUCGGCAUUCACGACCACGACAUUCGGAAGAAGCUGGCGGAUACGGUCAAUGAGGCCGCCGACAACACGGGCAUGAUCCAGGUGCGCGACUGGUCAACGCACCCGCUGCCUCAUCAGCUCAUCCUUGCGGAACGCCAACAGGCGGCUCUUCUCAUCUCACAGAGCGCCAAUCUAGCUAACAUGAAUCAACAACCCACUGCAAGUCUGAUGAACCCAGACUAUGCCUCUUAUCAGCCCACCGCGAGUCUGAUGAAUCCAGACUACGCGCCAGGAGCCACGUCAAGGAAGAGAAAGUCCUCGGAUCAAGAAGUGACCGACUACAAUGGCCAAUCCGUCACGCCGCCGUGGAAGAAAAAGGCCGGCCAGGUGUCUCUAGCCGAGCGCAGUGCAGGCAAGAGUAAGAACCAGAAACAGAAGCAGGACAAGAAGCGCAACGACACGUUGUUUGACAACAGUAAAGAAGCGCUAGAAAGACGCCGACAGCGCUUCGGUCAGGUCUCGCCAGAUCAAUCCCCUCUCCGUUCCCCUCGUGAAGACCCUCAUAUGGCCGAUGCAAAUGCUGGACCAAUCGUGGGAACCUGUCAGACAAUCGAGAAGAACUACUUCAGAUUGACUGCUCCACCUGUCCCUAGUACAGUUCGUCCAGUGCCGGUCUUAGAGCAGGCAUUGGCCCACAUCAAGGCGAAGUGGACUGCCGACAAAGAUUAUGCGUAUGUGUGCGAUCAGUUGAAGUCCCUGCGACAAGACCUCACGGUGCAGCGCAUCAAGACAAAGUUCACAAUCAAAGUAUACGAGGUGCAUGCUCGGAUCGCACUGCAGAUGAAGGAUUUGGGUGAGUACAAUCAAUGCCAGACGCAGCUUCGUGCAUUGUACAAGCUGCGACUGGGCGCGAAUGGCAGCAGUGGCGGCAAGGAGGAUGAGUUUUUGGCCUAUCGCAUUCUGUAUUUGAUUUACACGCGCAACCGGGUCGACAUGAACAACAUGUUGGCCGAUCUAACCCCCGCAGACAAAAAAGGACCAUUUGUGAAGCUCGCACUUCAGGUGCGAGCAGCUUUGGCGUCCGGCAAUUACCACAAGUUCUUCAAGCUCUACAACGAUUCGCACGAGUCCGGCAUGGUACCAUAUCUCAUGGACAUGUUUAUCGAGAGAGAACGUCUCAGCGCACUGGCAGUGAUGGGCAGAGCCUACAAGCCCGACCUUCCCAGUGAAUUCGUCGCAAAGGAGCUUGCAUUCCAUCUCGAUAGCCCAGAUGAUUCGGUAUUUGACACCACGACGCUUCGGGCUUGCCUCGACUUUAUCAUCAAGCAUGAUGGCGAAUCCCUCUUGCAAGAAAAGGAUGGACAGUCCCGCUUUGUGGCCGGAAAGGCUGCCGCCAUCUUUGAGAAUGCAAGAAAAGCAGCAUUUGGCCAUACUGACAUCAAAGGUCAGCUGUCAUGA